AUGCACGAUUCGCAAGCUCGCAUCGUGCAGCGCAUCUCCAAGGACCACGACCUGCAACGGCGCCGCUUUGUCGAGACGCUUGAGCACCUUUGUACCGCUCGCGCGGCGCUGGACCUCGCCGACACACUCGUUGUCGAGAACGGCGAGGUCGUGCGCUGGUUUACAAGCUCCAGAGACCACGGUGUCACCGCUAAAAGCGCCGCCGACCUCCACCGCAUCCCGAUCAAGCGCGCGUUUGUCAAGUCGUGUCUCCGCCUCGAGUCCAACGUGAGCCGGAAGCUCGCCUUUCUGCAUCAAGUGCGCGAACAUGGCGAGACGGCCUUCCGCGUCCUGCACGACUUGGAGUUUAACGCGAUUUUGUGCAACCCAAACGCGCGCGAGUGGAUGCUGACGCGCUUUGUGACGCGCCACGUCGCUGGCAAGUUUGGGCCAGCGAGCGCGACGCACGCGUGCCGCUAUAGCCGCGCGGCGGCGGGUCUCCAGACCCAUGUCCGCUUUUACCGCCCGCCGCAGUUCUUUUUUGGUACCGAGCUGACACCGGACGAGAAGGGGCUUCAAUUCCCGCUCGAACAUCACAUGCUGCACUGUGUCAAGGAGCUUUCGUCGCCAUGCAACCCAUUGGUCCAAGAGCUUACCAUGCGCAUCGUGCAUGCAAUCGAGGCGUCGUCGGCGCACGAAGUCGUCCACAUCCAAACCGAUUUUGUCCUGACGGCCAACGACGACCUCGUCCUCGUGCGUGUUGCCGAGAUUGUCUACGCGUCGGACGUUUGCAACCCACUCCAACGACCGACGCCGGCGGUCGCAUCCAAGUCUGCCGCCUUGCCUCGACGGCCCUUCUCGUGUCCUGGCGCUUUUUGUAUGGACCAUCCGCCGGACACUAUUGCAAAAGUCGACGACGAGACAACAUCGUAUGCCGUGGCCAAAAAGUCCAUUGUGUGGGCCGACCACGAGUCGCAUCUGCUCUUGCGCGCCCAAGGCACAACGACCAUGUUCCAGUCCAGCGCAACCAACCAAGCGCUCGUGACGGCCCUCGCCCAGUCAUAUACCUCGAUCGAGAAGAUUGAAUCCAUUGAGAAGCUCCUCACGCGACGCAACACGGUACUGGAGCAGCUCCAGUGGUUCUCCAAGCACGGACCCGCGCUGGAGACCACGCUGCCCAUGGAGGAUCUCUACAACAGCGUACAAGUCUGCGCCGACUGCUGCACCAUCGACGCCCAAGCAUCGACCUAA